CUUCGGCUGGGGUAGUCUUCCUUCUCCCGAAUCACAGCUCCGACAUCCUCCAAUAGAAUGGACCCGAACUGCAUUUCUUUAAAUCAGGACAGCUUUCCUGUGCUUCAAGUUUCAAGAGUGUCAGACUUCCCGUGACCUGGCACGUGACAUCAAAUUUAUUGCCACCAACUCACAGCAGCACCGAUCUAUGACCAGGCUAAGUUUCCGGUCCUACGAGCCGUCAAAUCAAUUUUUUGAAAUACUGAAAUCCUUUGUGUCUCUCUCAAAAGGGAGGGAGGCCCCCCUUUUUUUGCGCUUUGGGCGGUGGCGGCUGCAUCGACGUCGCGGAUCCACUCCACACGAACAUAGACACGAGCUCUGCUCGGAAUCACAUCACGCACGGCGAGAUCUCAAGCGUAUUUGGCAGUAAUGGGGCUCAUAUUUCACAUCUAUGGGCGUCUGAUCAAGGUCAGGGAGUGGAGGGACUCCCGCUGUGGCAGUCUUCCAGUUGAUGGGCGGCUCUUUUUUAUCUCAUGGAGGAAGGCUGUUAUUGAUUAGGGAACACACUAUAAACGUCAGGCUUGUGCCUCCCUGGCCACACACUCUGUCGUCGACUCUACAAAUGAACGCUCACACAUCUGCACCGACCUCUGGACCUCUGCGUCCUGUCCUUCCGAAGGAUAACACGCGCUACGACCAAUACACGACUCUUCCUCAGCUUGGGCUCAAUGGUGGGGGACUGAUCCCCGUCGGUGGGCUCCGACAUGCUGCCCCGCCCGCUCGCGGGAGCUGGGUGGCCUUCAUUAACCCAGAAGGCAAGGCGUACUUCCUCCACGUCGAGAGCGCUCAGAUCGCGGUCGUGACGGAGGCGGACCUGAACGACAGGACCAUGCUCGAGCGCGCCUCGCUCUGGGUCGCCCAUCUCCGCGGCCUCGCGGACAGCCUGGUGGCUGACCCUCAUUCGGCGGAGGCAUUUAUCAGCAUCAGCGGGGAUGAGAGUGCUCAUUCGUGUGAGUAUUACAUAGUGGACCAUGCCGCACGCCAGGUCUUCUGGCUCGAGGAGGUGAGCAGCGACGACGUGGGCUUGCACGGAGCCGUGUCAGAUCAUCAUCUCCACGUGCUGCUGGAGGAGCAGUAUUGGACGCACCUGUGCUAUUUCCCGAUGCAUCGUCCGCCCGUCACGGAUGACGUGUUCUACACGCUCAUGACCACGCUGUCGUAUGGAAUCGUCGACGCGAUGACUUCAAGCACUUCCACGGUCUUUAUGAGUGGGAAUGCCCCCGAGUUGAACACAUACCUCUCCGUCCUAGAGCGCUUCAAGUCGAGGGACUUGCGUGAUGGGAAUACGACUUGGAUCGUUGCCCGAAUCUGGCAAGCCAUCUACCAUCAACGCAUCUUGAUACACUACGGAGAAGUGCUUGCCCGUAUCGACCACGAUCAGACUGUCCACGAGGUUGCAGUCACAUCUAAUGACACUCUAGCCAUCAUUCUGGCUACACUCACUUUCGGCUUCUCUCGACGCCACCAACGACGGUUGGACGACGCGUUCACGGAUGAGGUCAUCUUCUAUAGUCGCUGGCAAGCUCUCGUCAAGAGCCUGAACGCAGAAUGGGCCUCCUCCAUCCACGGAAGCCUGAUAAGUAUCCUCCUGCAUUUCCCGCUGGUGGCUAUCACGGUGCCCAUCAUGCCCGAUGUUACGCUCCCAGCUUCGAUCGCCCUCUCCGUCUCGGGAAUCCUCACUGGCUGUGUCCUGAGUCAAAUCGGGUCAGAAUUGGAAGAAUUCAACCCCAGUGCUGCUUGUUCUUACCUCACAAACUUCAAAUCCAGGACCUUCCAGCUCCAGCCGCUGGCAUUCGUGUACGCCCUCCCGCGUGCAUUCCAGAUCUGGGGCACCCUCGCGCUCGGCGUCAACUGGGUUGCGGUGGCCAUCGUCCGUCUCGGACAGAUCCCGGCCCUAGUCCUCGUCGCACUGCUGUGCCUGGUGAUAUUCUUGUCCGCUGGUCUUUUGCGGGUGCUCGAGGCGCAGAUCGAACAGAUUACGGAUAGGGUCGGGAGUAUGUGGGCCAGACGGGUACACAGUGGAGAGUAUCAGUUGAUGGUGUAGGCGUGGUGGUGCUUCCCGUACGACUCUUACGAUAAACAUGAUUGUUCUUUCAUCUUCUGUUACGGCUGAAUUCCAUUCUUU